CUUCAACGGCAAAUUUCUUCUAACGAGCAGUACAUCUCAACAAAUGAUCCUGAAGAAGGGCAAGACACAUUUGUUGGGAUCGUGGGUGUUUGCCGCGCCUCGCCCCGCCCCUUGCAGCAGCAGCGGCCAGGCAUUGCAGCAGCAACAGCGGCACUGCGGACGCAGCUUCCUCCUCCCCGGCGAUGGGCCGGCCUCCGCUGGGUCGCCGCCUCUUUGAAGCGCCCAGUGUCGGGGAGCGACCGCACCAGCUUGGGCCUGGACCAUCCCCGGCUGGAAGCCGCUCUUCCGUGCGCACGUGGGUGUACUGCCUGCCGGACAACUACGAGGUGCUGGACAAGUCGCUGGACGACAUCCGGCACGUGCGCGACCCGCGCUUCCGGCCCGAGGAGGUGGCGGCGCUGGACAAUUGAGCAGGAAGGGGCGGGGGAGGCGGGCGGGGAGGAGGCAGGGGGGGAAGGAGGCGGGGAAGGGAAAGGAGGUGGGGGAGGGACAGGAGGAGGCGGGGGUUGCAUUCAUAAUUAAGUAAGAACGGAACUGUAGCCAGAGGGGGGGAGGGUCUUACGGAUGGCAGGACAGGGAGGGUGGCGGGUGGAGAGGAAGGGGAGUCGAGAGUGUGGGUGGAGCGGGGCCUGGAGGGGCAGCGUGCGGGGGCCGCUUGUCCUGGCGAAAAGGCGGGGCGGGGAACGCCGUGGCGUGGGGUGGCGUGGCGUGGGGUGGCGUGGCGUGGGGUGGCGUGGCGUGGGGUCGUGCCGGCGUGGGGUGGGGUGGGGUGGGGUGGGGUGGCGUGGCGUUGCGUGGGGUGGCGUGGCGUGGGGUGGCGUGGCGUGGCGUGGGGUGGCGUGGCGUGGGGUGGCGUGGCGUUGGGUCGUGCCGGCUGCAGGUCAGGACGCGGCUACAAGUGGGGGCCGCGAUGCUGCCGUGAAGCCCCCCCUCCCGGGACACACGCACAAAGUCCCUUGUGCUUUCGAACACACCCAAUCCUGUGCACCAAAGGGUUGGGACACUGUGCCGUCUGCGCAUCCUUUCAUCUCUCAGGCUGGUGGUGAAGGCAUGGUAUUGCGCUUGCCGUAUGACGCUGAUUCCCCGCCUCCCUCACCGUGAGAGGUUGUGAGACGUUGGUGGCUUUGUGUGUGGGCAGGAUGCACGUGUGGGCGACCGUUCUAGUGCCUGGACGCUUGCGCCGUGGUUAGUGCGUGCGCUGUGCGUGUGUGCUGCGGCCUGGACGAUUCCCGGCACUCCUGUGCCUAGGCUUGUGGCGUUGAGGCACAGCGGUGGGGCUCUGGCGGGUUGAGGCUUGGCAAGGACUCACUGUGCGCGGAGUCACACGGACUUUGACCGCGGGAGGGUUUGCAGCAAAGUCGGGGGUGGUGGAGUCAAGUUGGGCCCUGAUAGCAUGUGAUGGCUCGGCAUCUUCGGGUGCUGGGACUGUCCCCUCUGUAACAUCCGCAUUCAUCACACAACAAACCGAUUUUUCCUUGUUGGCUGGAGUGCCUACUGAGGAUGCUAAGCUUGAGUUGUUGUAGCGGCAGGGCGGGCACCGUUGGCGGUCGAGUUGCAGCCGGGGUGUGGCGCCUGGGGGUACAGAGGAUAUGUGCUUGGGGGCGGGGGCAGAAUUCAUCGUGAGCUUGCCCUUGCUCAAUUCGUGUCCAUGAUCGCAAGCGACUUUGUGCAUUGCAUGGAUUGAUGGUCUGGAAUAGAUCAUUGUGUGGCUGCUCAGCAGUCAGCACGUGUGCGUGUCGGAGCACGUGCGAGGGAGUGCGCUGUGCGCGUCCGGGGAGGCCCAGGCCCAAAUGGUGGUUGUUAUUGCUGCACGUGCCGCGCGGCAUUUGCAUUGGACGCUGUUGUGGGACCUUUCCUUCCCAUGAACCCACCCUCGCAAUGAUAUCUCCCAGGAGAGGAGGACCUCCAAUAACAUGUUGAGAUGCCUGGUAGCCAGCUGUGCGAAAGCCAUGUUAUAUGGUUGCACCGCAUGCCCUUGAUUUUUCAUGCGCUAGCAGGGCGUGGGGCUGAGGGUGCACGUGUCGAUUGGCGGCGAGUGACGUGACUAGUUUGUUAGCUGCGGGUUAGCACGGACUGUGCAAACCACCCAACCGGCCACGUCCGGAUUUGCGGGGAUGCCAAAGGCCCCCAACAUAGAGGCGUGUGCUUAGUAGGCGCCCGCGUCAAGGUGGCUGGGUUGAUAACGACCCGGGAGGGGAGCGCUCAGCCCUUUUCCUGCCUCCCUAAGGCAGCCACCUCCUUGUUCAUGGCGGACCUUACGGAGCUGUAAAUGUAUGCGCGG